AUGUCACGACUCUUUUGGUAUUUCCAUUUUACUGUAUUUUAUCUUGGGCUUUGGAACCCAGUGGCCUUCGGAAAGUCGAACACGAACGACAACACACUUGGAAUACCGGUGUUACCAAUAUAUUGCGACAAAGAUGGAGUGUAUUACGCUAACGUUUCGUUAGGUUCCCCCGCACAACCCCACAAGAUGAGGAUAGAUAUUAGCAAGCCUUACAGUUGGGUCAUUUCGGGCGCCCAGGACAUACAGUGCAAUAAACUGCAUAGUGGCUGCUUCGAAAACGAUGUUUUUUACCCUAAUGAAUCAAUAAGUGGGGUGUCCCUGAGCAACUCCUAUGAAUACAAUAUGAACUUUAUUGAUAACGUCCGUGUCAACGGUACGCUAUUCAUGGACACUAUGAAUUUUACUGACACAAGUAUGUUGGGCAACCUAUCGAACACGGUACAGAAUAAUAGCAUGCUUACUAUGACUUCAGAUUAUCUCGCCCUCCGAAAUAUUUCAUUCGUCACGACAUCCAGUUCUACGACGGAUCUAGGAAGUUUGGGACUUGGCGGAUCGAUCCACAGUUCCGUGUUUGAUAUCGACAGUGAAAACUUCCAAGAUACCUUUUUCCUGCUAAAAACUAUGGCAAACCUCAAUUUGAUAAAGUCUAAAUCGUACUCGCUGUGGUUGGGCAAUUGCCGUAGAACUAUCGACACGAUUACACCAGACGCAGAUAACGGAAGUGUGGCUGGUAAAUUGAUUCUUGGUGCAGUGGACCCAUCUUUGUAUGAGGGGGAGUUUUUCCAGUUUAAUACAAUUUCAUACAUCGAGCCGUCGCAUAAUCUGUCGACUUUUGGUUAUCCCAUUUUACCGAUGGGUCCGAUUUACAUGACUUCUCAGGCUGGGCGAAGAUUGAAUAUGACCUCUGAACAGUAUUUGCAACCAGCACUGUUGGACUCCAGUUUUGUCGGAAGUUUUCUACCUGCUAACACGAUCAUUCAAAUUGCUAUCCAGAUUGGGGCGAUUUACAUUGAAUCCUUGAACAGAUGGGUUGUUCCCUGCAGUGUAGCAAGCAUGGGGGCACACAUCGAUUUUACGUUCGAUGGGCUGGAUAUCAAAGUACCGCUAAGCGAUCUCCUGACCUCCUCGAAGGACCCGGCAACGAACUCCACGAUGCAUUUCGCGGAGGGCGAAUCAGCAUGUUUCCUAAUGUUGUACUCGAACAAUGCGAUGGGGUUUAACGUGUUGGGGACCUCGUUCAUCAAAAAUGCGUACAUUGCAGUCGACUUAGACGGCACCAAAGUUGCUAUUGCGCAGGCGAAGAACACGACAGGCGAUAGCACUUCAAUAGUGACUGUAAUACCAGCUCUCACUGGCGGCGGUUCCACCACCGCCGUGAGAACCGUGAGGAAGAUAUCCUCCGGUUAUAUACCGUAUGCCACGCUGAGGAUGGCAAAGAACGAGACACACCUGUCCAUCAGGCCGACGGGCACGGUAACGGAGGUCCCCGCACAAUUUACUGCGUUCGUUAACUCCAAUGGGAUGAUCGCCGGCAACGGGAGGUCCUUCUACGAUACCUCCAGACUCUCUACGACUCUGAGGUCCACCACAUCACAAGAGUACCUGUCACUGCGUACGGUUGGAGACAACUCGACAGUCGCUUCGACGGGCGGUGCGACGAGCAGAAACGCUGCCGCGGGAAAGCGCGCACAACUUUACCGCGAUACGCAGACUGGCUCGUCCCUGUCUUGGAACCUCGCCGCCUGGACCAGCGUCCUUUCCCUGAGUCUACUAGGCUACCUAGCACUGUUUGUAUGA